GGCGCAUGCGCAGUAUCCACGCGUGUGCUCUCGUCCCGUUCUCAAUCGGAGCUCACUUGAGCUUCGCGGGCUACCGUCGCCGGAAGUGUCGUGAGGUCCUAUCCGGUCCGCUCCCAGCGGGGGCUCCUCAGAAACUGUCCCCCCCCCCCUCCCCGGGGAGAGCAAAAAUGGAUUCGCCGGAAGUAACAGAGUUGCAGCAAGAAGUGAUGGAAGAGUUGGGGAUCUCUAUGGAAGAGCUCCAGCAAUUCAUUGAUGAGGAGCUGGAGAAGUUUGAGUGUGUGAAGCAGCGGAAACAGCAGCUGGAAGAGCUGGAAAAGAGCGUGGAACAGAAAGAAGCAGAAGUGGCAUAUGUCGACCAGCUCUUCAAUGAUGCUUCAAGAGCCAUUGGUAAAUGCGAGAUACUGGUAAAAGAUCUCUACUCCAAGCUGGGCCUUCAGUAUCGUGAGAGCAGCUCUGAAGAUGAGGACUCAGCUUCCAAGCCGAUGGAAGUGAUCGAAAUCCCAGAUGAGGAUGACGACGAUGUUAUGAGUGAAACAAGUAACAGAAUCUCAAAGGAUCAGACGCUGCUUCGAGAAGCCAUGGCUGCGAUGAGGAAGUCUGCCCAAGAUGUUCAGAAAUUUAUGGAAGCUGUUAACAAAAAAACAAAUGCCCAGGACCUGCAAAAAGAUGGGCUGUCCUCUCCUCCGAGCUCUGUUGGCGCAUCCCAGCAGGUGAGCUCUGCGCUUGCUGGGAGUGACCUCAGCAAUGAUGGUGACCUGGUGGUUGGUAUGCGUAUCCUAGGCAAGAAAAGGACCAAGACGUGGCACAAAGGAAUUUUGAUUGCAAUCCAGGCAGUAGGUGCUGGUAAGAAGUUCAAAGUGAAAUUCGACAACAAAGGGAAGAGUUUGCUUUCUGGCAAUCACAUUGCGUAUGACUAUCAUCCCUCUGCCGAGAAACUCUACGUCGGAAGCCGGGUUGUGGCCAAAUACAAGGAUGGGAAUCAAGUCUGGCUCUAUGCUGGCAUCGUGGCCGAAACGCCGAACAUGAAGAAUAAACUGAGGUUCCUGAUCUUCUUCGAUGAUGGCUAUGCUUCUUACGUCACUCAGUCGGAACUGUACCCGAUCUGCAGGCCAUUAAAGAAGACCUGGGAAGACAUAGAAGACGUUUCCUGUCGUGAUUUCAUAGAGGAGUACAUCAGUGCUUACCCAAACCGUCCCAUGGUAUUACUGAAGAGCGGCCAGCUGAUUAAAACAGAAUGGGAAGGGACCUGGUGGAAAUCCAGAGUGGAGGAAGUGGAUGGCAGUCUGGUCAAAAUCCUCUUCCUGGACGACAAACGCUGCGAAUGGAUUUACCGUGGUUCCACACGUCUGGAGCCUAUGUUCAGCAUGAAAACCUCCACGGCCUCCGCUCUGGAAAAGAAACAAGGAGGGCAGAUGAGGACUCGUCCCAAUGUUGGUGCUGUGAGGAGCAAAGGGCCUGUAGUACAGUACACGCAAGAAUUAACAGGAACCAGCACUCAGUUUAAACCUAUAGAACAAAUCCAAGCAAUGUCUCUAGCUGCACCGUCUGUUUCCCCACAGCCUGCUGAGAUGGAAAGCCCUGAAAGUCAGCUGGCUCAGUCCAGAAAGCAAGUGGCCAAGAAAAGCACGUCCUUCCGUCCUGGCUCUGUGGGGUCUGGACACUCUUCGCCUGUUUCUCCUGUCCUAAGUGAAACUCCUCCCAUGGGGAAAGCUGCAGUGAACCAGCAAUAUCGUGGAAGCUAUUCCAGUGGCCAGCCAGGCAGCAGUGCGGUGCAGCCAUUCCACGGCAUGAUGGAUCGGGUGCCCAAUGAGCCCUCAUACCGGGCCCCGAUGGAGAAGCUCUUUUACCUGCCCCACGUCUGCAGCUACACCUGCCUGUCGCGGGUCCGCCCCAUCCGGAGCGACCAGUACCGCAGCAAGAACCCCCUUCUCAUCCCGCUUCUCUACGACUUCCGGCGCAUGACUGCCCGCCGCCGCGUCAACCGCAAGAUGGGCUUCCACGUCAUCUACAAGACGCCCUGCGGGCUGUGCCUGCGCACCAUGCAGGAGAUUGAGCGCUAUAUCUUUGAGACGGACUGUGACUUCCUCUUCCUGGAGAUGUUCUGCCUAGACCCCUAUGUGCUGGUGGACCGCAAGUUCCAGCCCUACAAGCCCUUCUACUACAUUGCAGACAUCACCAAAGGCAAGGAGGACGUGCCGCUGUCCUGCGUCAAUGAGAUAGACACUACCCCUCCUCCACAGGUGGCUUAUAGCAAGGAGCGCAUCCCGGGGAAAGGAGUCUAUAUCAACACCGGCUGGGAGUUCCUCGUGGGCUGCGACUGUAAAGACGGCUGCCGAGACAAAUCUAAAUGUGCCUGCCACCAGCUGACAGUCCAAGCAACAGGCUGCACCCCCGGUGGGCAGAUCAACCCCAAUUCUGGCUACCAGCACAAGAGGCUGGAGGAAUGCCUCCCGACAGGAGUCUAUGAAUGUAACAAGAGAUGCAAAUGCAACACAAACAUGUGCACCAAUCGCUUGGUACAACAUGGACUCCAAGUCAGACUCCAGCUAUUCAAGACUCAGAACAAAGGCUGGGGAAUCCGCUGCCUUGAUGAUAUUGCCAAGGGCUCUUUUGUCUGCAUCUAUGCAGGGAAAAUCCUGACGGACGACUUUGCCGACAAAGAAGGGCUGGAGAUGGGGGACGAGUACUUCGCCAACCUGGAUCACAUUGAGAGCGUGGAGAACUUCAAGGAGGGCUACGAGAGCGAUGCCAAGUGCUCCUCCGACAGCAGUGGCGUGGACCUGAAGGACGAAGAGGAAGAGAACACCGGCACCGAGGAGCAGGAUGAGUCCAACGAGGACAGCUCUGACGACAACUUCUGCAAGGACGAGGAUUUCAGCACCAGCUCGGUGUGGCGCAGCUAUGCUACCCGCCGGCAGACCCGGGGCCAGAAGGAGAAUGGCCUGUCUGAGACAGCCUCCAAGGACUCCGGCCUCACCAGGCAGAUCAGCCACGACGAGGUCGCCAUGACCGCCGCCUGCAAACUGCCUGUGUCUGAGGAGACCUCCAAAAACAAAGUGGCCUCAUGGCUGAGCUCCAACAGCAUGUCGGACAGCUUCCAGGACAAUGAUAGCGCCUCCUCGUUCAAGAUGACCGAGGCCAGCGAGGUCAAGGCAGGCAAAGUGGAAGUCCUGGGUGAUCGAGAGAAGCCCUCCACUUCUGGGCUUGGGGGCAAGGAGGCCUUUGGCUUGGAUGCAGACUCAAAGAUGCAGAAGAAGGAGGAAUCUGAAGAGCCAAACAAGCUUUCGCUGGCAUCUGAGACAGGCAAGGUGUAUGGCUAUAAUCCAAGCCCUAUGAAACUCGAGGGGAUCCGGAGGCCACCAAGCAAGACGAUCAUGCAUCAGAGCAAAAGGCACUUGGCUCCUCCUCAGCAAGCAGCUGACGAUGUGCUGACACUGUCAAGUAGCACGGACAGCGAGGGGGAGAAUGGCCAGCCGGCAGCAGGACAAGCGCAGGGCAACACGAAUGAUAGUGAUGACAUCCAGACGAUUUCCUCUGGCUCCGAGGAAGAGGACAUCGAUGAUAAAAAGAAUUCCUCUUCCGGGCUAGGUCCCAUUAAAAGGCAAGUGGCAGUGAAGUCCACACGAGGUUUUGCCCUCAAAUCGACUCACGGGAUUGCCAUAAAGUCGACCAAUAUGGCAUCAGCUGACAAGGGGGAGAACAUGCUCGUGCGCAAAAACACCCGCCAGUUUUAUGACGGCGAAGAGUCCUGCUAUAUCAUUGAUGCCAAACUCGAAGGGAACCUCGGCCGUUACCUCAAUCAUAGCUGCAGCCCCAAUCUGUUUGUGCAGAAUGUCUUUGUGGACACGCAUGAUCUCCGUUUCCCUUGGGUUGCCUUCUUCGCUAGCAAGAGGAUACGAGCCGGGACUGAGCUGACCUGGGAUUAUAACUACGAGGUGGGCAGCGUGGAGGGCAAGGAACUCCUGUGCUGCUGUGGAGCGAUCGAAUGCCGAGGCAGGCUGCUCUAGCCAUGCUGGUGCCUGCACAGUGAAGGACAGGGGCUGCUGGCCCUGGAUUCCCCGCAGCUCCGCUUCUGAGCCAGGAAAAAGUUGAUUCUCAACCACAGGCCUUGUCCCUACCCUCCCUGCACAACCCUUUGUCUGUGAGGGUGACGUACUGUAUUUCAGCUGGAGCUGUUUUACUUACACCAUGUUUGUCAUUGUAGCUGUUAUAAAGCUGGUGACAGUAACUUGGAGCUGCCCGGUUCACUUGAAAAUAUGCCUGCAGGUGCACGGACCACAACACGAUCAGACUCACAGAAGGGGUGGCUUGGCUUGGCUUUGUGCAGAGGGCUGGGACGGCUCUCUGCCUUGGGGGGGUGCCUCCAUGAUCAGGUAUUCCGCUAGCUGAGAGAGACUUAAUACCUGUCAUCAUGACAGCUCAAUUCAGGCAUGAAACACACAAGGCAGGCAGUACAGAAGGGUCCCCUGCUUUGCCAUCCUCUACUGCACACAAGUCUGCCAUGUCAAAUCCACCAUCCCCCCCAAAACUAGACAACUAGUUAGAAUUGGUGCCCUCUUGUUGAAAUGACAACAAUAAAGGGAAGCAUUUUAGAGGCACUAGGGGUAGAUCAUUCACUGCAGGAACCUUCUUGGGAUUUCCCCAUGGUAUUGCUGAACAUGCUGGUAAGGCCCUGGGGCAGUGAACCAAUGUUGGAGUUAAAUCAGAAGACCAAGGAGUUCAGCAGAAAGGAGAGAUCUGUCCUCCUCUCUCUGACCUAUUUGUGUUGUAAAAAAAACCUGUCUGCUGUUGAAAGCAAUGGAUGCAUUUCUUAAAAAAAAAAAUGACAAAAAAUAAAAACCCCCACCCUGAAGAACAGCGUGAACUUGAAAGUGGCUGGUGGCCUGCUCUUGGGAAAGCAGCACUUCCAGGGGUGGAUUUAGACUGAGCUGGGUAGUGGGUGAACAGAAGUGAGCACAUGGGAUUUUGUCUAGGACUUGGACACUGGGAACACCACUCACUUGUUGGUUAAUGAACAAACCCAGGUCUGCAAGGAUUCUGUACAGCUGCUCCCAGGUGAUAUAGGCAUGGAGGGAAUACAGCACCUACCAGUGCUUAUAAAAUACUCAAAGCAGGUGUGAUUAAAUCUGGCCCAUAACUCCACAGGCUUCAGUAGAGCCAGACCAAAACUGGUACAAGGCCAUUACUUGCUGUAACUGGAGUAGCCAUGUUGGUUCCAGGACAUGUGUGUGUCAAGGCAGGUGAAGUAAUAUUUUAUGGGACCAACUUCUCUCACCCUGUCUCAGUAGAGGAAGCAAUAAGGGCACAAAACCAGAGUUUUAGGAGGCUGGUGCUCAGUUAUACAGCUGAGGAUCGUUCUAGGGUUAAGUUAUAGCUACAUCAAAUAGCAGACGAAUGUCUUCUAAGGGCCAGGACUCUAACACACUAUGCUUCCUGCCCUGGGCCAGGUGAAGGCACACUGUCUUUGAGAGCUUUGCAUGACAACUGCCCCCCUCAGGGAGCGUGUGUCAGAUUCCUUCGCCCAGCUUUCCCUGUGGCUAGAGAUGCCAGGGCACGUUGCUCACAAUGGAAAGAAAUCUAAAAAUAUCUGCUCAGAGAACAUUUGUAAAGAUGUGGGUGCAUCUAGUGGCAGCUGCAGGUUUGCAUGAAGAGCUUAAUCUAGGGUGGCAUGGGCUGCUAGCAGGGACAAAUAUCUACUGCUAGGCUCCAGCUGACACAGGCGGGAGUAAGCUUGAGCUGCUGUGGUGUCUAUUUUGACCUGCUCAUGGGGUUUCUCAGGGGCCAGUCUCAGCCUUCCAAGACCAAAGGGUUAUGGCUGCAGGUGAAGCUAAAAGUGGCUCCUUUCCUUAAAGCAGAUGUGUAAUUUCAGGCCUCUUUUUGCAGGUGUAGGCGCUGUAGCCUGUCCAAGUCCCUGCACAUCCAAAGGGGUUGAGUGAUUUCCUUGUCAGGGUCUCAAACUAAACUGCAUUUACCAAGGGAUGCACUUGUGUCCUAAACCUAUAGCAGGUUCUACUCAACUCAGCCUAGAGCAGCAGGUUUAGCUUAACACACAUUGGAUCUUGGGCCCUAUCACCUCACGAAUCUGCCAGAACCAUCCAAUCAGCACAUGGCACCUGCCACAGCACCUAGAGGAGAUCCCUAGGCACCAGCUGUCAAACCGCAAAGGCCACGGGCAAGUCUGAGUUCACUGUGAUUGUGACUGAACCAAGCUAGGGGAAGUACACUGUUCCGGUUGCUCCCCCCUUUCCAGCCUGCAGGGGCAUGUACAAGCCAGCUCAGGGUCAGACCGUCACCACCCCACAAGGCACAGAGCUACAGAGAGCAUCAGUGCAGGCCCCCUCUACUGAGCUAGUCAAUGAAACGAACGGGUCAUGGGAACGGAGGUUCCCUGGACCAGCAAAGGGGGUCGCUCCUGAGCAGAGCUACUACACACAUGUGGAGAAAAGGGACUCCACCCUUGCUAAUGGGGGGAGAGAGUCUGACAUUGGAUUUUAAAGUGUUUUACAGUAAUUACCUUUCCUCGGACAUCUGAAAGCUCAUCCUGUCUCUGUCCAUUUGAGGGGCUGCAUGGGAAUCUUGCAAUGCUAAUAGAUAAGUGCUAUUAAUAGCAGGGUUAAAUCAGCAGCUGGCUCCUCCCAAGCUGCCUGUAGCCACACUAGUAUUUCAACCGCGUAGCCUCAGAGGGCUGUAGCAGGUGGCUUUUCUAGGAAGUGGGAGGCCAGUUGUGUUUAAAAGUAGGGCAGUAGAAAGCAUAUGAAGUUCUGAACCCACACUCUGGGCUUGGUUCCCUCAAGUGUUCAAGCUCUUAACUAAAGGCCAGACUUUCAAAAGUUCCCCACACCUCCCAGUGGCCUCAUCCAGGUUUCCAGGACACCUCAAAACCCAGCAUGCUGAGUGCUUUUGAAAAUCUGGCUGCUUAUUUUGAUGCCUUAAAAAUGGGAGCUGAUCCCUGCUAUUGUAGUGACCAUGUUACCACCACAAGGACGCUCCUGUGAAAACCACACCAGCUCAAGCCUUACAAGCCUAGCACAGCUGAUAGAAAAGCUGUGCAUUUCAUACUGAUCCAAACCCCUCAGAUGGGUGGGGUGGGAAAAGGGUGACACUCCCCACAGAAAACACCACGCCUGUUUUUACAGAAGUUUUAGUUUUAUUUAACUUUUAAUAAAUUUUAACUUUUAAAAAAACAACAUUUUGGUCUGAAGUUAGGUUAAUGGUCCUUUUCUCCAACCCCUCUGUCUAGCCUGGAAAGUUUUAAUGCCUUCAGCAUUUCAGCCCCCACCAAAUCUGGGUUUACAGGGAAGGCUCUCUGCGCUCCAGUUCCUCUUUGUACUUAGUCCUCGCUUUAAAACAAAUAAAUAGGAAAAAAAUUCAGUUGUAAAUUCAUGUGUUGAUUUACAGCCUGGGCGGAGGGGGGAGCAGCGCAUUAGAAGGGAAGUGGAAUAGAUCGUUCUUAAGGGUGAUCAGGACCAAUUCUCAUAGAGCAACACAACGGGGCCUAUUAAAUCCCCACCGAAAUAGGUACAAGGGAGCGUGUCUAAACCACACAGCUUCCUUCCAGCAAGUAUUCCAUAGUGUCUAUUAAAUCAGCCAUUAAUACCCAGACCUUCAUCUACUUAAUCUAGCCUCCCCCCGGUAUAACAAAUGUCACCUGAUCCCACAAGUCUGUUACUGUGGUGGUGGUGAGCUGUAAACAGAGCACAAAUUCAUUCUGGCUGCUCUUCCUGCCUGCUCCCCUGAGCAAGUCAGUGACAUUGCUCCUCCAAUUCCUUUGCUUUUCUGGGCGCACUGGGCACAUUUCGGUCAUGCUGGGGAGCCAGCCGCCAAAGCUUUGACCUCCAUUCACUAACUGUGGCUAGUAGCAAAGUCAAAAUGGGGACCAGGGUCUUCUUUCAAAACUAGACCCCUUCAUCUUAGUCCCUGAACUCCUUCACUCUGCAGCUGAGCGAAAGGCUCCCAGAAGGGCCUGAACUGCACGAAUCCGCUUAGCUAAGAGGCAGAGCUGAAACUAACAGGACAGUCUCUGGCCUGCCUAGGCUUUGAUUUCAUGGUUUUGCUAUUACCCAAGAAAGCAAAAUUCUAUGCCCCUUCUGCCUGGGAAACACUACAAUUUCCUCUGCAGCUGGAAAGGAGUUUGGGGAGAGGGCUUGCAGUCAUUU